GAGCUCCAGCUCAGUCGCAUCUACGCAACUUCGCAUUUUCCAACUCUGAUUGCAUCACAAUCGCUUUAUACACCGUCACUUGCCACCUGCGGUCUACUAAGUAGCAGUGUCGAGUGUUGGUUACAUCUUACUAUCGCUUGAGACAUUUUAGGCUGUGCGCUAUCUCCAAGAUGAGCUUGCGGAACAUUCUACCCAUCGUCAUAGCUGUCGUGACCGGUGUCGGUAUCUCCACUUAUACCUUGAAGCCCGGUCUAGAAGAGCAGAAGAGACUGCGCGAAUCAAAGGAGGGACUUCCAGAGACCUUUCGUCCCAGCGAAACAAGAAACAACGAGGCGCAACCUCCGAACCAAACGAUGCGCGAACCUGGCACCGAUUCGAAUGGAUCCUCCCGAAGUACUUGAGGUAUUUAGGAGAAUAAAUUGUAAUCAGGAAACACCUACCAAGCCAUUACGAAGGUUCUUCGAAGGUAGUGAAGGAAAAUGGCGACGACAGCUAUCCAGACACAAUCGCAGAUACACUAUAGGAUGGAACGCCUCCAAUAGAAGAUGGCCGGGGAAAACGCUGCAUGCGAGACUGGGGUUAUGGAACCUGUUAAGAAGAGCUUUGCUUCAGGUGACUUGGUGUUGUACUGGAGGUGCUGAAGAUACUUUGCUCGAGACCGAGAGCUCCCGUCGAACAUGGCGGCAUGCACAAGGUGUGCUGACAGACAGAAGGCAUGCUGUCGGACAGAAAGCGAGCUGUCGGAUAGAAGGCGUCUUGUCAGACAGAAUGUGUGCUGUCGGAUAGAAAGCGUGCUGUCCGAUAGAAGGCGUGUUGUCAGACAGAAGGUGUACUGUCAGACAGAAGGCGUGCUGCAAGAUGGAAGGCGCGUUGAGACUCAACUAAAGAUUAGUCUGAGAGUCUGCAAUAUGUAAUCCAAGGAUCUCCAUUUGUAUGCGAUUUCUUCGGACGGUACAGAGCUUGCAAAGGAUUAGACGAAAGUUUGGCAGACGCUCGGCUGGUGACGACACAGCCUGGUCUAACUGCACCGUGAUGUCAGGACCGACAUGGCCUCUUAAGAGCGCGGUCGCUGUCCUUGAGGUCUUCAGAAUCAGACCCACUUGCGUCUUUAACCUUAGGUGUAUGAAGUACACCCAGUUCACUUUGGGAUUUAAUACAGAGAUAUGGCUGGCAUUUAUGCGAGACGGACAAACGACAUGUAGGGAGCGUGGUUUGACACCCUGAAAAUAUUCAAAAGUUGGCUAAAGGGAACUGACGAUGUAUUCCCGCAGCCCAUUGUUGUUUUUGGCCAUUAUGUUGGAAGUCAGGACAACUCUAGAGAAACUGCCUCCCGCAUUUUGUAUCAAGAUAAGUGCCCUUCGAGACAUCUUUGCCCUAGCGAAACCG